CAGUCAUGGCGGACGUGUUUUCCCCUUCCAGCUGCGUAUUGUAAACCACCUUUUCAGCGUGCCGUCUCUCCGUGGGGGGGUUUAGUGGAGGGGCUGCGGAAGGCAGCUGAAGCCCCCGACACCCACCCGGCGGGGACUUCACAGCCGGCUUGUUUUGAUGGACCGUCCAUGCAAGAAGCAGCAGGGCCCAGGACAAAGACAAAGCAGGCUGACAUCCUGACCCACUGAUAGUUCCGUUGCUCUGGAAAGUGAGACGUAAAGCUAAUAAUGGGUGAAGUGACUGUUGAUCUUGAUCAGGAGGCGAUGAAGCAGGACGUCUACUUGGUGCAUCUUCCCGACCCAGUGCUGACAAUUCUCUCCCCGCCUCCGCCUUUCCUACCUGCCAUGGGUGUACCGACCAUGCUUUGGCCUCGAUGGCUCAAAGCCUUUGAAAACUAUUUGAAAGCACUCGAUGAAAAAGACCUGGUCGAGUCCAGCAAAUGUAAACUCUUACAAAACUGCCUCGGCCCAGAGGGGGAGCGUAUCUUCACCACACUGAUACAGGAGGAAACCACGUAUGCAGCGGCCGUCUCUACACUGACGGCUUUCUUCAACUCUGAUCAGAUGUCUCAAAUGCACCGCCUUCAGUUCCAUCAAAGGGCACAGAUGCCCGAAGAGUCGGUGGAAGAGUUUGUCUCUGCAUUAGCUGAACUGCUGAGGCCUUGUUACAAUGGAAACCUACAAGAAAAACUUAUCGUGGAUCAACUCAUCAGCAAAACGAACUACCCGCAACUCAGAAAAAGGCUGCUGCUGGAGGGGAGGGAGUCUCUGACGUUGAGCACAGCUUUGGCCAUCGGUAAAGAGGUAGAGUCUGAUUUCAGCCACUCCCAGGUCUUUGAAAUUCACGAGGUCAGUGUGGACAUAGAGGAUGAUUUAGAGCCCCCAGUGAAAAGACGAAGGGGAAGGCCUCGGCGUGGGGAGGAGAGGCCGAAAGCAAACUUACAGUUGACCAAAGCACCAAAAAGAUCAACUAGACACAAAGAUAACAAAUAUAGCCGGAAGCGUUGCGGUGGCGCUGAAGAGCCGGAGACUGGGAAGACUCAGUGUCCAGAUGAUGAGGAUGUCGGAGCUUCAUCGUCAUCACUGACAGUGAGAGAAGACAAAGAAGAUGGCAAUGAUGACGACGACGACUUUUCCCCCUUUCCAACAAAACCAAAAGGCCCCUGCUGUCCCAUCUGUGUCAACAGGCGCUUCAGAGACGCGAACAAGCUCGCCAGGCACAUGAGGACGCACACGAAGGAGAAACCGUACAGCUGUCCCGUCUGCGCUCUGACUUUCAGCCAGUCGUACCACAUGACCCGACACCUGAAGAAACAGCACGAGACAAGCAGACACGUCUGCACCACCUGUGGGCAAGGCUUCGACAGUUCAGCAGAGCUGCAGAGUCACAAGUCGACACAUAAGUCUGCGGUCCUGUCGUGUCCGCAGUGUCAUAAAAAGUUCACCAACAGAGACGUGUUCUCCUGCCAUGUUGAAUGGCACAACAGGCCUCAGUCCGGCAGAACUAAAGAGACAGGGUUUCAGUUCAGUGAAACUAAAGUGAAAAUUGAAGAAAUUGCAGACGUAGGUGAAGUGGCAAACUGUAAUACCAGUGAUUUGGUGGGUAAAGAGGUUGAAGGUGAUGCAGCUUCAUCAAAGAACAUCUCCGAGGAUACACCUGUCGAUGAAGGCAAAAAGAAAGGAAAAGGAGCCUCCAAGUCUCAAAAAGGGCAUUUUUGUCCCAUCUGUGUCGGCAGGCGCUUCAGAGGUCCAAACAAACUUGCCAGACACAUGAGGAAGCACACAAAAGAGAAACCCUUCAGCUGUCCGGUCUGCUCUCUAACCUUCAGCCAGUCGUAUCACAUGACCCGACAUGUCAGGAAGCAGCAUGGCCUGGGCCAGUACGUCUGCUCCAGGUGUGGAGAAGGUUUUAGCAGCUGGUUGGAGCUGAAAACCCACAGGAGGACUCACACCAUUGCAGGCCUUACGUGUCUGGCAUGUGACAAACAAUUCAAGGACAAAUCUGCUCUGGCAAGUCAUCUUAAAGGCCACAAGAAGGUGGAGUCAAGCCCCCAAAGCCUCAUUUGUGGCGAAUGUGGAAAAGUGUUUAGUCGAAUGUAUCAUCUGAAAAGACAUAUAAUGACACAUCGCAAAGCAUCAAACACCGAGUGUUACAAAUGCCCCGAUUGUCACAGAGACUUUGCCUUUCCUGAGGACCUCAACAAGCACUUGGAGAUUCACGUCAAGGAAAACAAGGGGACUUGCCCUAAAUGCAACGAGAACUUUGGCAGCCUGAAAGAGCUGCAGACGCACAUGGAGGUUCAUCAGAAGUCGUACAGCUGCAGCAUCUGUGAGAAGAAAUUUAAGGUGGAGUAUGCACUGAAAAAGCACGAGCAGGGCCACCAGAACGAGCAGUAUUACUGUUCACUGUGCAACAAACGCUUCCUCAAGCUGUCACACUACAAGAGGCACGAGAUGGUCCACGGCAGGCGAGAGUCCAGGUGUCCACACUGCGACGGCGUCUUCCUCCAGGUCACCGCCCUGAAGUAUCACCUGCGGACUCACACUGAAGAAAGGCCUCACCAGUGCAGCUGCUGCAUAGAGACCUUCGAACUGAAAGAAGAACUGGAGCAGCAUUGUCUCAGACACAGGAAAUUCAAGAAGGAGCGGCCGUACUCCUGCACCCGCUGCGAUUGCGCCUUUUCCACCCUCGUUGAGCUGACGGCGCACAUGGCUUCGCACGAGGGGGAGCAGCCGGUCACGUGCCCCGUCUGUGGCCGGACGUUCCUCAACAAGAAGAAGCUGGAGAAGCACUUGACCAUCCACACGGGGGAGAGGCCGCACCUCUGCUCCAUCUGCGGCAACGGCUUCCCGUCCGCCGCCAGCCUCAAGCUGCACGCCCACAUCCACACCGGCGAGAAGCCCUUCCAGUGCUCGCAGUGCAGCAAGAGCUUCAGGUCGACCAGCGGGCUGCGCCUGCACAGCAGGCAGCACAUGGAGGCGCCGCCCAGCUACGAAUGCCCCGAGUGUGGCAGGACUUACGGCCGCAUGACCGAACUGAAGAUGCACCAGCGCUACCACACCGGGGACAAGCCGCACGCGUGCACCUGCUGCAGCAAGCGCUUCAUCAGCAAAGACAAACUGAACGUCCACAUGAGGAUCCACACCGGGGAGAGACCGUACUCCUGCCCACACUGUGGACAGACAUUCACGCAGACCGGGGACAGAAACAGACACAUCAGUAAACACCACCAGGCAGCAUAGUCAUCCGGAACCAAGAGGGGCUCUGUGGACUGUUAGUGUUUUUACAUGCCAGAGAUUUGAAUUAUAAAGACCUAAAUUAACGUUAACACUCACCAGUCCUGGAAGGCGUGAUUGGUAGGAUCAAGGAUUGUUUUUGUUUUUUUUAACAUUCAGAUGAAGGAUUUGCCUUUUUUAUGUUGAGAAAAAGCUAAAAAGCACCUAAAGUCAUGCGAAUCAGCCAAUAUUUCAGGUUUUACAUUUUACCACUUUCACCUAACUUAACAUCCAAAACCAAAAUAAAAUGAGUUUGCAUAUUGCACGUUAAUGAGCACUUCUCUGAGUGAGAAACACACCGGAUCACAAAUCUGUCUCAUAUGGCUGCAGAUAUAAAGAUUUUUUAAUUUUUUUUUUAUAUAUACAAGCCACGAGCAGAACAGUAGAACACAGAAGUAGAAGGCAGUUUGAUUUGGCACUUAAUGCUUCCAUUUUGGAGCUUUAUUAUCUGGGUUACACCGUGUGUUGUGCUGGUGGAGUUUAUUUGAUUCACAGGCCAAAAUAUACAACGAAAAACACUUUGCUGGAAAAUAAUUUCUCUUUGCCGAAUACCUUGUAGCCAUUUCCAGUUCGUCUCCCCUCUGCUGGUUUUACACUGCAUGACUGCUCAGUCUGUGAUGCUCGUCCACUCACGUCUGUGCCUGUGUGUCCUUGUGAAGCAUAUUUGUGACAAACUGUCACACUUGUGAGCAGCAUGUGCAACUUCAGCCUUUCAUACACUCAAUUCCUGCAACAACCUGCAGUUAUAAAUGGACAGAAGAAAAAAAAGAUUUCAGCUCGUACAUUUUUAUCCUCUCUCCCUGUUGAUGUGUUGUCAUAACAUCAUGGCAGUUUCUUUCUGCUUUUUGGAAUGUCUGUUGAGGUAUCUCUGUGAAAAAGCAUUUUUGUAAUUGUGUUUUGAAAAGUGCCAUAAAAAUAAACCACUUAUUCACUCUA